ACAGCAAGAACGAUGGUGACGAAGAUGUCGCGACCAGAGAACGAUGGUCCCGGGCCGACUUUUUUUUUCGGGUUUCCGUUUGCUGCCGAUCGCGAAUGAACGCCUGACAAAUACCACCAUCCUGUCUCACCAAGACGACGGGCAUGCCGCCUGUUCUGCUCUCUCGCGGUCUUGACCCUUUGCUUGGAGUCUUCACUGGUGUUCUUGCCUACUACCUCUAUGAAACACACCCUCGAACAGGCCUUCCGCAAGAACAAAGAUUGAUGGAGCUCGCGCGAUGGAAAUUCGACAAGUGGAGGCAAGAGAAGCUCGCCCAGGAGGAUAGUACCGUCGAUGCAUGAAUUUGUCCUAGACGGACAUUAUUCAUAUCAGAUGGCAUUCGAGAUAAAACUAACAUAACCUCUACGGUUGGCGUAAAAACUCCAUUUUCAAAGAUUGGAUAUUCUUCGUGUUCGAGUCAAAUUGAAUGGAAUGUAGUCAUCUAUAAUAGCCAAAAUGCCUACGUCUAUGUAUACGAUUAUGGUUCAUUAUCAUUUCGACUACUCAGAUUCGCUAUAUAUCCUCGUUAUGUGCUCGCCACCGCCAGAAUACUAUAGGCACCAGCAAGAGACAGUAUUAUUAACAGUCCAAAACAGUCACUCGCAGGUCCCUUUCAGUCGCUUUAACGGUACCGUCCUUUCGUAUUAUAUUGUGGCGCAGAUCCCCAAAGCC